AUGGCAUUCCGUGUGGCCCUGCGCAUGGCACUGCUGCUCCUUUCUGGGGCCCUGGCCCCUGCAGUGCUCACAGCCGAGGGCCCGCAGGAGCCCGCGCCCACCCUGUGGAACGAGCCCGCCGAGCUGCCGUCGGGAGAGGGCCCCGUGGAGAGCACCAGCCCCGCCCGGGAGCCCGCGGCCACCGGCCCCCCGGCCCCCACCGCCGCGCCGAGCCCCGAGGACAGCACGGCGCGGGAGCGUCUGGACCAGGGCGGCGGCUCGCUGGGGCCCGGCGCCAUCGCGGCCAUCGUCAUCGCCGCCCUGCUGGCCACCUGCGUGGUGCUGGCGCUCGUGGUCGUCGCGCUGAGAAAGUUUUCCGCCUCCUGAAGCGAAUAAAGGGGCCGCGCCCCCACCGCGGCGCGACUCGGCUGCACCCCCGGUGGCGCCCCCGUGUC